AUGGCGAGUUUCGAGAAGUUCGAACCAAUAUUUGGAGAAGUCGUACCCGAACGUUCGGAUCCGGAUUCGGGUCUUCUCCGGCGAUGUCUCUUCCACGUCUACGCUUCCGACUCGUAUAACUUAACAGUCCAUGUCACUGACUUUGUCUCCGGGGUCUGGACGACGAUCCUCUCCGUCUCGCAGCUCGAUGAUAUGAGGGAUACUGUGGGAAUAGGUGGUUCGUGGUCUGAGUUCGUCGAUUACACUGUCGCUUCUUUGAAUUCCGAUAAUGUGAAGCUUCUCCUGGGACAAAAUUCUGUUUCAAAUGGUAUCGAGAUUGCGCGAUUAGUUUCUCAGAAGGCCAAAGGAAUGCCUCGCAUAAUAAUUCCUCUAACAAAGAUGGCAGACUCAUCUGCUAGUGAGGCAAUGGCUAAUCUGUCUUUCGAGUUGUUCAGAGCAUUCAAGAGCAAGCAGCACCUACAAGGAGAAGUGAGUUCUUCAGCUGCAGCAACUGAUGACCAGGAUAAGAGGGAUGGUACCCGUAACCAACUGGAGCGAUACUCCUCUGGAAAGGUAGAUGUUAUAGCUCCAUCAACAGAUAACCAACAAGACUCUCCCGCCAAGCAAUCUGCCCGAGAAGCUAACACAGCAAAACCUGUUAAACGAGUACCUGCUCACCGGAGAACCCGUAAACGUGGUGCUGCUCUUCUGCAGGAUUCAGAAGAAGAGGAUGGCUGAUUGGAACAGAACAUAAUCUUAAACACUUUAAAUCCAACAAUCAGCUCUCAGUAACAAACUGAAUCACCUGGGGAGGCUUAUGCUCAUGAUUAUUUUCCCAGGUCCUUUUUCUCCUCUUUUGGUGAUUCGAUUAUGUAAAAAGAAUCUGUAAGGCUAAUGUAAUUCCUUUUGGACACAUAUUGCUAGCCAUUUUUGAAAGAUAAAAAAGAAAUAAAACUGAAUUUUUCUUAGUA